AUGGAUCCCUUAGCCCUCCUGUCCGAUGAUGAUGAGGAAGCUGACAAAGUUGACCACAGCGAAGGCGCAGCAGGCGGGGACGUACCGGAGCCGGAGUUGAAGCGACCACGCACGGAGGACGCGCCGGCGGCUCUCUCCGUGGACUUCGAGGCACUCAGACGUGUCGGCUAUGGUGCAGAAGCAGAAGCGCAAGAAGCUGCCGCCGUUCAAGCUUCGCUGAAACAGACCUUUUCCGUGCUGCAGCACAAGGUGGAGGAGGAGGAGGCUCGUCUCAAGAAGCAGAAGUUGAAGGAGAGUAGCAACGACAACACAGCCCAGGACAAGAGCCUUGGCUGCGAGGAGCCACCGGAAAGCAUCGAGGUGGACAUGUUCGGUGAUGCUCUUCUUUUGCAACCCCUGGGACUCUUAGCAAUGGCUUCCGUGAAGAGCAUGAUCGCCGCCAGCCUCCUUGCUGCGCCUUGCGCAGACGCUUUUGUGGCACCGGGAGCAUCCCAGUCCUCCCAUUCCGUCACUGGCCUUCGAGGCUCCACGGCUGUGAAGGCUGAGUCUGGCUUCAGCACGGCGUUGGUCUCUGCCACGACCGGCGCUGCGGUGCUGAGCUUCGUUGGUGCAAAGAAGCCGGACGAGGCUUCCUUCAAGGACUUGCGAGCCAAGGAGCUCAAGCAUGGCAGAUUGGCCAUGAUGGGAGCACUCGGCAUGCUGACGCAGAGCUUGGUGCAGCUGCCGGGCAUGGAUGGCGUGCCGAAGGACAUUUCGGCCUUCAGCACCGGUGCCGGCCAAACCGGCUUCCUCAUCACCAUCGCCAUCAUUGCGGUGUUGGAGGCGGCUGUCUUCGUGCAAGACGACAGCAAGGAGCCAGGCACAGCAGCUUUGCAGUAG